GAGUUGGUCAACCUAACUUGGUCCUUUGCAAACAGGGGACUGCAGCAGCCCAGAUCUAAGCUCUGAGAUCCACUGUUAGCCCAACUAAUUUUUUGUUAACCUGUUCCCAAAUCACUGUGUCUCAAAGGAUGGUUCCAGCCAGCCGCAGGCGGCAGAAUUACCAAAAGAGGGCUUGUAAAAGCGGAGCCCAGUGGGUGCCCAGGGGUCAGAACAAGUGUCUGAGGGCCGGCCGGGGAUUUGCAUUUAAGGCGGCGCGUGAUUCUUGGGAACAGCGAAAUACUGACAGCGUCCGACGCUUCCGCCUUCGGACACCCAAGUGUUACUUUCAGACCUCGUUUUGUUUGGCAGUAAACACACCAGGUUUCCAUUACUCUAACAACACACAACUUAGUUCCUCAGAAGUACUAGCUGCCGCGAAGAACUCAGCGAGACCAUUCAGUGUGGCUCUGAACCUGGACCGUCUCCAGAGUGGAUGGUCCAACACACUCUGACCCCAGGAGACUUGAGGGACCUCCGAGUGGAACCUGUUAGAAGCAGAGUUGCAAUGGAGGACUAUUCAAUUUUGAUGAAUGUGAGCUGGGUACUCCGGGCAGAUGCCAGCAUCCGCUUGUUGAAGGCCACCAAGAUCUGCGUGACAGGCAAGAGUAACCUCCAGUCCUACAGCUGCGUGAGGUGCAAUUACACAGAAGCCUUCCAGACUCAGACCAGACCCUCUGGCGGCAGAUGGACGUUUUCCUACAUAGGUUUUCCUGUGGAGCUGAACACAGUCUACUUCAUUGGGGCCCACAAUAUCCCCAAUGCAAAUAUGAAUGAAGACAGCCCCUCCAUGUCUGUGAAUUUCACCUCACCAGGCUGCCUAGACCACAUAAUGAAAUACCAAAAAAAGUGCAUCAAGGCAGGAAGUCUGUGGGAUCCCAACGUCACUGCCUGCAAGAAGAACAAGACGGUGGUGGAAGUGAAUUUUACAACCAGCCCCCUUGGAAACAAAUACAUGGCUCUCAUCCAAAAUCGCAUUGUAAUCGGGUUUUCUAACGUGCUGGAGAACAAACCCCCAACGCGAACUUCUGUGGUGAUCCCGGUGACUGGGGAGAGUGAAGGUGCUAUGGUCCAGCUGACUCCGUAUUUCCAUACUUGUGGCAAUGACUGCAUCCGACGCAAAGGAACAGUUGUGCUUUGCCCACAGACUGGCAUCUCCUUCCCGCUGGAUGGUCGCAGAAGCAUGAUGGGUGGCUGGCAGCCUUUCCUCCUCCCAGCCCUGCUGGGGGCCACAGCAUUGCUGGCGGCUGGGAUCUACGUAAUAUGGAGGCACAAAAGGAUCAAGAAGGCCUCCUUCCCUACUGCCACCCUCCUGGCCCCCAUUAAGGUUCUUGUGGUUUACCCAUCUGAAAUAUGCUUCCAUCACACAGUGUGUCACUUCACUGAAUUUCUUCAAAACCACUGCAGAAGCGAGGUUAUUCUUGAAGAGUGGCAGAAAAAGAAAAUAGCGGAGAUGGGUCCAGUGCAGUGGCUUACCACUCAGAAGAAAGCAGUGGAUAAAAUCAUUUUCCUACUUUCCAAUGACGUCAACACCAUGUGUGAUAGUACCUGUGACAAGAGUGAGGGCAGCCCCCAUGAGAACUCCCAAGACCUGUUCCCCCUUGCCUUUAACCUCUUCUGCAGCGAUCUGAGAAACCAGACUCCCCUUCGCAAAUACAUGGUGGUCUAUUUUAGAGAGGCAGAUACCAAAGAUGAGUACAGUGCGCUCAGUGUCUGCCCCAAGUACCGCCUCAUGAAGGAUGCUCCUGCUUUCUGUACAGAACUUCUCCGUGUCGAGCAGCACAUGUGAGCAGGAAAGAGGCUGACAGCCUGUUCCAUGUAGGCCACCCAGAAGUGAGGGGCCCUGAAGCCUUCCUACUCCUCCACAUUAUAGGGGGAAAGCAUCUCAGGAUUCUAAAGUUUCUGUAUGGACUACGUGCAGGGAGGAUUUUACAUACACCUGCUUUAUUUAGCAAUAGGAAUAUAGGGAGGAUUCAUAACUAAAUACAUAUGCCUUAGCUUAAUCAAAACUUUCAUGCCAAUAAAACCGUUAUAAAUACUAACUACUGUAGCAUUAACUAAAGGACAGAAACUAAAUUUAUAAUUAUAAAGCUAAAUCAAAAUCAAGGAGAGUAAUAAUGCAAAAUUAUAACCAUUUUGAUAAUGCAGUGAUAAAGCAUCUUCCAGCCAAACAUCCAAUCUUGAACAGUCCAUGCACUGCACUGUAGGUAAAACUUUACUUCUGUAACCUUCUAAACUUAAUGAGUAUCAAAUUUAAGAAGGCUUCACUAAUUCACUCAACUUCAUAGGUGAAAAACCCUCUAUUACAUACAAAAACUUUUAAAAAAACAGAAUACGGAAUAACGAGCUGAACUCAUCUCUGCUGGCCAGAUAACAUAGCAUACAGGUAACUGCUCAUACUAUCUGGCACUUGUAUAGGACCUCUCUGAACUAAUUCAUGACCUGUCUGAUUCUUGUACAGGUGACUUUUAACAUGGACACCAAUAUACAUUACUUGCAGACCUCCUAUCAACUUUUGCCCAAAGUUACCUAUUAGAGGUCACGUCAAGAGUUCAGUUUCUUGGUUAUUAUGUUAACUUUUCAUGUUCAAAACACAAAUUGUUCCUGCUCUUUAGAAAGUUAGCCCUCUUGAAGUAGUCUUUUAUAAAUCAGUUAUAAUGGUUUAAAUUACCAUAGAGUUCCAUGACAUAGAAAUGUAUGAUAUUUUAAGUCUUCCAACUUCUUUCUCUAAAAGCAUCUUUUUAAUGCAGAGGUUACCAAGGGGCUAUAUAUAUUACUUAUAUUUAUGUUAUGCCCAUUUUUCUAAGAUUGCUGGUCUUUCACACAUGCAAUCCUGUAUCUGCUCUAGAACGUGGCUCAGUUUCAGGUGGAUGACUGUUAAAAUAUAUUCGUGAAGUGUCAAAACUAUCCUUAAAGGGCCAUGCCACCCCUUCUAAUACAUGUCUUACGGAUAAAAUAAAAACCAAAAUAAGGAAGCACAGAGUGAAAUCUCACCAUGUUCAGCUCCUCAAGCAGAUACUUAGUAAUGGCUGAGACAAUAUGUUUAAUGUGGUUAAGCUCACUUGUCAUGAUCUGUUUUCAUGGUGCUUAAUAAAGUGCUGGUAAAAGAAGACGGACAUGGCUUAUGUCUAAACUUGGAUCAGAAACCAACGUCCUCUGAAUCAACAUCUACCAGUUAUAACAACAAUAUGUUAUUAUGUAAAAAAAAGAUUAUGAACAAAACUAACAUUUUGCUUUUGGAAUUAGGUAGCCACUAAUAAAUUGUGUUGAAACAGCCCAGAUACAUAAAUAAGAUCAAUAUUGUAUAUUUUGUUAAAAAAAAAAAAAAAAAAGAACACAUAAUUUUCAAAUUGAA